AUGCCUUCUCUAGAGGUUGGAACUCUCGGUGGUGGCACUAUCCUCGAGCCCCAGAGCGCCAUGCUCGAUAUGCUCGGUGUCCGAGGCUCGCACCCCACGAACCCCGGAGACAACGCCCGUCGCCUGGCCCGCAUCAUCGGAGCUGCCACCUUGGCUGGUGAGUUGUCUCUGUGCAGUGCCUUGGCUGCCGGUCACCUUGUGAGGGCGCACAUGCAGCACAACCGAAGUGCCGCCCCUUCGCGCUCGACCACUCCGGCUCCUCCCAUGACGCCCGUGUCACUGGCCAUGGCCAACGCCCAGGAGCGCUCUGCAUCAACGACGUCUAUGAGUGCGGCAGCGGUUCAGAGGUCGAAGCGAUAA